AUGAUGCAAGAACGAGCAAAUGACUUCGACCUAGUCAUUGCUGCAAUGGACAUGCUAGAAAUGGACGGCUUUACAUUCCUUAAAAUUGCGAAAAUGGUUUCAGACCACCCUGUUGUCUUGACCACCUAUAAGAAGCUUGAUCCAUUGGCUUUUGAAGCUAUUGAACGAGGAGCUUGCGAGCUUUGCACUAAACCUAUAAAGCGGGAGGAUGCUGAAUAUUUCUGGCAAUAUGUGUUCAGAAAAGAUAGAAAUAAGACUCAAACUGAUAUCAGGAAAACAGGAAAAGAGUUACCUCAGAAUGAGCAACUAACAGGCAUCUCUGCAGGAAAAGGCAAAGAGAUCGCGACUGAGUCUCCUUCGAGUAAUUUAGCAGUUGCAGUUGGAGCUAGCAGGCAUACAGAGAACAACCAGAAGAGAAAAAGGGUGCAGUAUGGUAAUGAGAAAACAUUGAACAAGGAUACAGAAACCUCGACAGGUAGAAUACAGUACAAGAAAAUCAUCAGGUGGAAUACUGGGAUUAAUACUAGGUUUAUGGAAGCACUUAUGAAGGGAAAUGAAGAAGCGAUUGUUCCAGCACAACCAGGGCCAGGAAUUGCAUAUUUAGCUGCUUUAGCUCAGAAAAACAAAGAGCGUGGUGAUCAUCCUACCAAUGUAGCAACUCCAACAAGUGCUUCUGAUACAAUACAAGUUCAGGGUCUUUCGAAUUCUACCAAUAUAGCAACUCCAACAAGUGCUACUGAUACAAUACAAGCACUCCCAGAUGCAAGUUAUGCUAUAACCAAUGCUCAAAGAUCAGGAAAUACUCCAAGGCAACAACCACAAAAUGUAAUCAGCAAUGCCACUGCUAUAAGACAGGGCUAUCGCUUUCUUCAAAAUCAUGGUUUAAGUCUACCAAGUCCUAGAGUUUUAAGUGGCUCUGGAAUUGGACAACAACUCUAUGGCGCCGCUAGACUUAACCUUGGGAAUACGAAUAAUGUCAGCCAGUUUGGAAUGCUAAAUAGAACAAGCUCUAUGAACAAAACUUCACAUUUAUUCAACACCAGUAAUCAAUUGGCAGUUAAUGAGACCACUGGCAAUCAAUCGCUUCUUAGAGGAAGGAUUGAUCAAAUUCGACAUGCAUACUUGAAUAAUCCUGGCACUGAGAAUGCAAGUUCCAUACCAAACUUACAGACUGAAACAGCUGUGUUUUCACCAUCAAGCUGCAACAGAACUGGCUCUCAGUCUGAAAACAUUAGCAAUGGAGAGGUCAGAUGUACAGGCGAGUUGGUGAGCAGACAGACUAAUGUUCAGGGGAAUAAUUCUUUUCCGAAUUAUGGAUAUAAUGGAUCAAGCAUCAUUAAUCCAGGGUCUUCUCCUUUACUAAGUUCAUGCGCACCAUACCUUAAUCAGUUUUCAAAUGCAUCAUCAGAGAAUUAUGUUGAAUCUUUUAUGCAGAAUCCUAGCAACUUACACAGCUUACAGGUCGAAACAACAGGAUUACUUCAGACUCCAGAUGUUCCCAAUUUUAACAGUAAUAACAACAGCCUUUUGCCUUCUUAUGGUUUAGAUAAUCAGGCUAUACAACCUACAAAUGAUUUAGUUGGGAAUAUCCUUCAAGAUGCUGGAGCUACAGGUUCUACUGAAGAGAUCCCGAAUACUGCAGACCCAAGCCGCACUUAUCAGCUUACUGAUGAAGACGAUAUCUUUGAAGCAUUUUUAGCCGAGAUAAACAAUGAUCCAGGCAGUGAUUUUUCGAGCUUGGGCUUCAACACUGGCAAUGAUGCAUGA